AUGCAGAAAAUACAAGACUUCUUUGAAAAGAACGAUCUCACAUGGGACAUUGUUAGUUCAAUCUGUACUGAUGGAGUUCCAGCCAUGAUGGGAGUGAGAUCAGGCUUCACUGCGCUUGUGAAGCGAAAGGCACCUCAUGUGAUAACAACACAUUGUGUUCUUCACAGACAUGCAUUAGCUGCAAAAACUCUUCCUGAAAAUCUGAAAAUUGUUUUCCAGAAAGUUGUUGAGGCUGUUAACUUCAUUCGGGCCCGAACUUUGAAUCACCAUUUCUUCAAAGCUUUUUGUGAUGAGAUGGGCUCUGAGCAUUCCAUUCUUUUACUGCAUACUGAUGUGAGGUGGCUUUCUCGUGGACUUACUUUAAAUCGUGUGUUUGAGCUCCAUACUGAGUUAAAGAUUUUUCUUCGUGACCGGAAUUCAAAGCUGUGUGAAGACUUUGCUGAUCCGAAGUUCAUCGCCUGUUUGGGGUACCUCUCAGAUAUAUUUACUCGUCUUAACCAAGUCAACAAACAACUGCAGGGAACGUCAGUAACCAUUGUUGAAGCAAGUGAAAAGAUGAUAGCAUUGCAGACAAAGCUGGACUUAUGGGCACGGAGAGUUCACCAAAGUAACUUUGCAAAUUUUCCAAACUUGGAUGAGGAAAGAUCUGGAGUGUUACCUGAGAUAAAUCAAGACAUCACAGAACAUUUGAAAAUCUUGAAGAAUCACUUCACUGGCUACUUUUAA